AUGGCUUCCGUUUACAAGACAGUCUCGAAGAAGCAAGCGCGCGAGCUCGCGAAGCAGCAGGAUCAGGAUGAGGAAGAUGUUAUGAUGGAGGAGCUUCUAGCCGACGCCGACGAUACAAGCGAUAGUGAUGAGGACGAAGAUGAAGAUGCCGUGGAAACCGCGAAGAAACAGCUCGCUGCUGGACUCAUGCCCAAGACUCGUGUUCUUAUGCUUACGUCGCGAGGCAUCACAUCUCGACACCGACACCUCCUCGCCGAUCUUACCUCAUUGCUCCCUCACACUCACAAGGAAAGCAAGUUGGACUCAAAGAAAAAGGCCGCCGGUUACAACUUGCUCCUGAACUCUCUCGCCGACCUCCACUCGUGCAACGUGAUUUUCUUCCUCGAGGCCAAGAAGAACGGUCAGGAUUUGUACCUGUGGCUUUCGCGGCCACCGAACGGCCCUACCGUCAAGUUCCACGUGAGCAACCUUCACACAAUGGCCGAGCUGAACACUGGUUUUGCCGGCAACUGCCUGAAGGGCGGUCGGGGUAUUGUGGUCUUCGACAAGUCGUUUGAUGAACAAGGCCCAGUCAUGGCCAAGCCAGGAAACGAGUACCGCGGAUUGAUCAGGGAGAUGCUUCGAAAUGUUUUCUGCGUACCUAAGCGUGGCGUUAAGGGAAUGAAGCCUUUCAUUGAUCGUGUUAUUGGAAUUUAUGGCGUCGACGGCAAGAUUUGGAUUCGGGUCUACGAAAUCCGGGAGUCGGAGAACGGAGGAAAGAAGAAGGGCGACGGGGAAGAGGAAGAGGCCAAGCCUGCGCACAAGAGCAAGGACGGACCGGAGCUGUCCCUCGUCGAAAUUGGCCCCCGAUUUGUCCUGACACCCAUCGUCAUUCUGGAAGGAAGCUUCGGCGGUCCUGUCAUCUACGAGAACAAGGAGUAUGUGAGCCCGAACCAGGUCCGUCGCGAUAUCCGGGUCAACAAGGCUGCGCGGUAUGCCAAGCGGAGAGACGUACAGACAGAGCGUAUCUCGAAACGGUCGAAUUUGGAGAUGGGCUUGGGUGAGCGGAAACCCGGUGCACUCGAUACCCGGACGCUUUUCGGGUGA